CGUAAAGUGAGAAACAUUGCCAAAGGAAAUGGAAAUGACUUAAAAAUAUGCAGAUUAAGGUAAAUUUGUACAAUGCUAUUUUUAGCCCAGAAUACAUAUAUUUUUGUCUUCAUUCUAUUCGACUGUUGCCGUGAAUUUCCGUUUGUAAACACUACAUAUAUAGCGUUAACUCUCUUUAAAAGGACAGCAAAAGUAAAUGAUGACUCACUCUGAUGAUUUAUUUAGAACUGAGACCAGAUGUUAAAUUAUUCUAAUUCUCCAGCUCCAGAUUGUUCCACUUGUUGCACGAUAACAGGCGAGACAGCUCCACCCGAAAUAGAGAACUCUGCGGAGAGCUACCGGCGCAGCGUGCGGCGAGUGGUGGGUAAAAAUAGCCCAAGAAGCGCGGAGAGGGUAAAGCGAGUAGUCGCGGUGGCCGAGCGACGAGCGUAGCGAGCAGUGCGGUGAUCAUGUCGCGGGAGCGGCGGUGGUGGGGUGUGCCACGAAGCUUCGCGGGGUUCUCACUGUGGAGACUGUCCAAUCCGUUCGAUAUCGCGGAGGUCGGGUCGCCAGAAGCCGAGGUCAGGGAAGAGGAGGAUACCAAGAAACAGUCUGAGGAAGCGGCACAACCACCAGUCGUAGAAGAGGAGGUUUGCGUGAAAGAGAAGAGUCCUUCGAGAACGUCUUGUGUGAAAGAGAAGAGUCCCUCAAGAACACUUGAAAGGAGUCCCUCGAGAAAAUCGGAAAGACGACGGAGUAGGUCUUCCAGUUUUUCUUUUAGAAGUAGAAAAUCAGUCGAAAGAGUCACUCCGGAGGUGGAAGUUGUUAACGAAGACAUAAAGAAUAACGUAUUACCAGAAAUCAGCUUCACUUUUCUAAGCGAACACGAUCGAGAAGAUGAGUACAUAGUGGUGGAUCCUUCUUUUAAAAAUCCAUCCGAACCCGUACAAAAAGAUUCUCCAUCAGUUCUGAAGAGGAGGUCAGAGAUCAAUUGUGUGCUAGAAUCUAAAGGACCGGAAGAGAGGAACAGCAGUGAGAGAUCGUGUAGUGUAGAAGAUGAUAGACUGAGGAGAGUGGAUGAUCCGGAAGUAGACGGUUCCUAUACGGAUUUGAGGCAUGUGUCUAGUGUAGUUCUGUCGAUGAAACCGGUGGACUAUUCAAAUCUGAAUGUGGCUUUGGAAAGUGUAGUGAAGGAGCACGAUUAUGAGGUAUUGAAGGAGCCAGCGUAUUCUUCUCCGAGAGCUUCCGGAUUAGAGUGCUUUCCUGUGUACGCUACGGUGCUUAAAACAAACAAUACUCAAGGGUCCACUUUGGAUUCAACAUCUUCAAAAGACUUUGCAGAAGCGCUGCCUUCCAUUCACACCACAGAGAAGUCUUCCACUAUUGAUUCCACGUCUUCUAAGGACUUCCGGGAGGCGCUUCCGUCUAUUCCUCAACCCGAUUGGGACGAGAUGAGUGGUAGUUCCGGAUAUAACGCGGACUACGCCGAGCUCACUACCCCUGUGGUCACUCCGGAGCCUGUUGAGGAACCUCAAACGGAUGUUCCGGAAGCUAAGGAAGACAUGGCGUACUGUCAACACCGAGCGGAACUCAAGCCUUCUCUCCGGAGAGUGACUCUUCUCCGCUGCAAGAAGACAGUAAGAAGGACCCCUUCCAUCGGGAAAGUGAAGAACAAACUGGGAAAGGCUUGGAAGAAAGUUCGCGGUUGGUGGGUUGACGAAAGGGUACGCUUGAAUGAUGUGAUACUGAAGAGGGACUCGAUCCGAGAGCCCUCGGUUGUGUCCGAUUGCAGAAGUAUGAGUGAGGAUGACGUGUAUGUGGGGUUGCGGGGGGUAGAAGAAGUGGACCGAGUGCUUAGUGUGGAAGAUGUGGCGUCUACCUGUUCCACUCUACCUGCCAGGUACCGAAGACGGCUCAGACACUCUCCAACCCCUGUCCUCUCUAGGGCUUCCAGCGUUGCCGCCUUCCGUCGCAGCAGAUUCUUCCCGGAGGGACAGAACGGGUUUGAGGAACUUCGCCGCUACAUCAAACAAGGUGGCGACUUCUGCAAAGACCUCAGUACUGUCCUGCAUGAAAGGUCCGAGGCCGAGAUGCAGUAUUCCAAGACACUCUCCAAACUGUCUGCCAAGCUUCUUAAACUCACGAAGGAGUCCUCCAGUACCAUCAACACAGCUUGGCAGCGUGCCGCUGUUGAGAUGGAGGCCCAGAGUGAAAUCCACAGGGUGUUUGCAACAGUGCUCACUGAAGAGGUGGUCAAACCUCUGAAAGCCCUGGUGGAGAACCAGCAUCGAUCUCGCAAAGCUGUCGAGGCUGCUGUCGAUAAGACAGGAAAGAGUCUGGCAGAGUGGAGAUCUGCUGAGUGCAAGGCCAAGAAGCAGAGUUUCCAGAGUGCCAGAGAAAAUGAGAGGAUGCAGGACGCCAUGCUGGAUGUGAGGAUAGCAGGAGUUCAGAGUCCCACGGCAUCCACCCUGCACUUGCACAAUACAAAGCUGGUGUCGGACAAGGAAAAUGCCAAGAUGGAGUCGAAACGGAGAAAGGCAGAAGACUCCGUUAAGAAGGCUGAUGUGGAAUAUUACACCUACUGUAUCAGGGCUGAGAGAGCAAGGUUGGAAUGGGAGAGUGCUGUCCUGAGAGGCAGUCAGUGUUUCCAGUCCAUGGAAGAGGAAAGACUGCAACAGCUCAAGGAAUUGACAGACUCUUACCUCCACCACUAUAAGGACGUGGGCCCUAAACUGACCCAGAGUGCGGCCAGAUUGGUGGAACCAGUGAACAAUGUGAGUGUGGUGUCAGACCUGGAGACAUUGGUAGCACUGCGGGAGACGGGACAACCAGUACCGGAACAGCUGCUGCCAGACUUCUAUGCUGAACACAUCACCCUAGCCAUGAACAGGGAACGACGUCGACAGGCCUUGGUGAAGCUGCUACAGCUGAUCAGACAAGACCUGGAGAGGGAGAGGCGUGGCAAGCAAGGAGUGGAGAACCUUGCCAGAGCUCUCAAACAGACACCCACCUUCGGCACAGACGACAGCCAGCAGAACGUCACCGAGAAACUACAUCAUAUGAGGUCCAUGUUGGCAUAUCUGGAAGCUGCCCGCUACAAGGUCCAGGGUGCCUUAGCAGAAAUGGAGGGUAGGAACAAGGAGAGUCACCCCCUAGCCUCCCACAUUCAUAUGACCCGGGACAGGCAGGGGUUGCAGCAGAGCAUCCUCAAGGUGCCAAUCUGGGUGAGAAAUGACUCCAUGGAACUACCACCAGAUAACAUCGAGUGGAGCGACCGAGGAACUGCGGAUGGGAAUUCUGUACAGCCUGACAGUGACUUUGAUGAGUUUUCAAGCCAAGGCAGUGAAAGGGACUACCAGAGCAGUGUUUUGAGCCAGUUUCCUGUUUUAAAUGAUCCGACUCCCUGUGCUGGCCGUUGCAAGGCUCUUUACCAUUACGCAGCUAACCUGUAUGAUGAACUUAAUCUUAACCCAGGGGACGUGAUUAACAUCCAUGACAAGCAAGCGGACGGUUGGUGGCUUGGAGAACUCAACGGUGUGGUCGGCAUCUUCCCAGCAACCUAUGUUGAGGAGAUAAAGUAGCCUUGCGUAACGCGGUAUGAGUCGUAGUGUGACAGUAACAUCUAGAAGUCCUGCCUAUGUUGUUUCCGUAUGUCAGUUCCGCAAAACCUUGUAAACAAUGUUAAUGUUUGGAACUAAACGUUUACGAUUACUGUAUAUAUAAAUAGUCAAUAGAUUCGAAGAACAAACUAAAUUGUAACUAUGUCAUAGUUGUUCUAAAUGUAUCUUUUAGGAACAUUCAGUUCCAAAAACUAUUUUAACUUGUAAAUAAGAUUUUACCCAACUUGAUGUGAGUAGAAGUUGACGAGUUUGGCUAGUUUGCAAUAUUGAGUCAACUUUGUCACAGUCAGUGUACAAAUAUUAUGUAAAUACUAGUACUAGUGUUUAAGUUAUCCAAAGAGUUGUAUUUUAACACCACUUGUUUGACAAUAAAACAUUGUUUUGUA